UUAUUACGGGUAUCAGUAUGCAGGCCUUCAGAAUGGAGCCCAGUGUUUCUGUGGCAGAUCUUACGGUUUGUUCGGCGAGGAUAGUGGAGCCUGCACGAAACCAUGUUCCGGUGAUUCCAGCAAGAUGUGUGGAGGGUCAAUGAAAAAUUCAGUUUAUUCUACUGGAAAGGCUGCCGCCGCUGCACUUCCGUCUUGUGGACCUAAAGACACUGGAGUUGAAAUCAACGGAGACUGCUUCUAUCUUGGUGACAGCGAGGUCUUCUUUCUAGAGGGUGAACGACAGUGUGUGGGGCUGGGAGGCCAUCUGGCCACGAUAGACAGUGAAGACACACAGAGUAAACUGGAAACGUAUCUUCGCCCAUUCAGAGCUGAUGCGUGGAUUGGACUGUCCGAUGUGUUAAACGAAGGCACGUUUCAGUGGAUGGAUGGAAGCAGCCUUGGAGCCUACACCAACUUGAGAAGCAAACUUAGUACAAGCGACUUCGUGUUUUUACAAGCUACAAGAAAGUUCCAAUGGCAGACGGCGUGGAUGACGAACUUAAAACGACCAUUAUGUCAGUUAACUGGGACAGCGCCUAUCAUUACAAAAUGUGGCACCAAUGAUUAUGGCAACAUGAUUGGGACUUCUCAAGAUUGCUAUGCCGUAAUGCCUGGUCCAUCCAACUUCAGAGAUUCACAAUAUGCAUGUUGGACAAGGAAUGGUCACAUGGCACUUAUCACAGCUACAAACAAGGACGAGAUUAUCAAGCAUAUAAACCUUUUUGGAUACAGUGGAGUGCGCGACUAUUGGGUUCAAGGAUCUGACCCAUCGGUUUACACAGAGUUGAAGUAUUAUGAGCUGUAUAAAGAAGGAACAUCCUCCAGCGGUGCACCGAAUGGUGCUGUAUGCAUCCUGGAGGACGUCAGUGCCUCCACACCAUGCUCUUCUGGGUACCGUUACGAUUCCGGAUCAUUCAAGUGGGUUGACGGAGAACCCACCGAUGACGCCAAUGGCGUGUUCUGGAAAGAUGGCCAAGGAGUCGGCAACAUUGCUAACGGGAAAUGUGCCAAACUGUCGUCAAGGAGAUUAUAUUGGAUCAACAUGCCCUGCUCUGGACAAAACGCAGCAUUGGUCUGUAAAGCGCCCGCAGCAGCUUGA